AUGGUUUCUGCUGGAGGAAUUAGCGUGGAUCCCCAAAAGGUGUCAGCAGUGUCUAACUGGGAACAACCGAAGAGUGUUACUGAAGCCCCUGUUCUCGCUCUUCCAGAUGACAGUGGUGAAUUUGAGGUGUAUAUUGAUGCUUCUUUAUCAGGUUUUGGUGAUUAUGACUGUUUGAUCGAGUACCAUCAUGGGCAUGCUAAUGUCGUGGCUGAUGCUCUUAGUCGGAAACACAAUGAGCAGCUUGCAUCACUUCAAACUGUACACGUUCCAUUACUAUUUUCUCUUCGGGAAAUUGGUGUUAAUUUGGAACCAGGUGAGCACGGAGCUUGGCUAGCACAUUUUCAGGUUAGACCUAUUUUUGUUAACAUGAUCAUAGAAGCUCAGGAACUUGAUCCAGAAUGCGACGAAUUUAAGGCACAAGUGUUAAAGGGGAAGAAUGAUAAAUUCAUCAUCCGUAAGGACGGAGCGUUAUUGAAAGGGAACCGUUUGUUCGUGCCUAAAGAUAAUGAAGUUGUUAAGAAGAAAAUUCUUGAUGAGGCUCAUACUUCAGCUUAUGCUAUGCAUCCAGGGAAUAGGCAGAGACCUGGGGGACUGAUGCAGAAUCUUCCGAUACCAAUUUGGAAAUGGGAGGAUAUCACUAUGGACUUUGUAUAUGGAUUGCCUAGAACACCGUCAAGGUAUGAUGGUAUUUGGGUAAUUGUUGAUCGACUUACCAAGAUCGCUCAUUUCUUACCAGUUCGACAGACCUACUCACUGGAGAAAUUGGCGAAAUUAUUUGUUGAUAAUAUUGUUCGUCUACAUGAUGUGCCCGUCUCCAUUGUGUUAGACAGAGAUCCUAGAUUUACUUCGAGGUUAUGGAAAGCCUUUAAUGCCGCUAUGGGUACUCAGUUACUGUUCAGCAUUGCUUAUCAUCCAUAA